GUCAGUGCCCGGGGUCAACAAUGUGCUCUGGCAGCUUUGCAAAAUGCUUGGGGAUCACCCUCAUCCCCCUGGCCAUCCUGUGCGUCCUCUGCAACAUCCUGCUCUUCUUCCCCGGUGGCCUCGUAGCAGACGACAGCUCACACAUCACCGAUGAGGUCUUUUUCUUUGGAGGGAUAAUCGGCUCAGGAAUUUUGAUGAUCUUCCCUGCACUGGUAUUCCUGGGUCUGAAGAACAAUGACUGCUGCGGUUGCUGUGGCAAUGAGAGCUGUGGAAAGCGCUUUGCGAUGUUCACCUCCAUCAUCUUUGCUGGCGUGGGCCUUGUGGGAGCGGGGUACUCCGUCAUCGUGUCCUCAGUUGCAAUUAACCACGGGCCCAAGUGUGUCACAAACAACGGAAACUGGUCAUACCCAUUCAGCGAAGGGAACUACUUGUCCAAUAACACAAUGUGGACUGAGUGUACGAAACCCACUGACAUCGUCCCCUGGCACCUCACCCUGUUCUCCUUGUUGCUGGUGAUGAGCCUGGUGGAAAUGGCUCUUUGCGCCGUGCAGGUGGUUAACGGACUCAUUGGGACGAUCUGCGGCGACUGCUGCGGUUGCUGUGGGGGUGAGUGAGCUUGAGGGACGUCUGACCACCUUGACACCUUACCAUCCGAUGUAUAACUACUAUUUAUGAAAAACUAGAGCAUUUUGCUGGAGGAUUCUUUCCCUUGAUGGCAAAAAAGAAACUCAAAAGCCAUGUAUAAUAUUUGCAUAGAUUGUACAUUUUUUUUUAAUUUAAUACUUAAAUGUUUUACACUUUUUUACA